GAAAUCACUUGUUGUUGCUGUCGUGAAAAUUACAAAUUUUUGCGCUGGCGUUCUCCUCCGAUCGCCGCGUUCAGUUUGGUCUCAUCGCUCCAAGCGUCCACAACGUUGUUCGAUGCCCGAGGAGCAUCCGCUGACCAGCCGGAGCAGACUCUUCGCCGUCGCCUGUUGGGAGGCACGUUCGCCCUCGCGAUCGCCAUUAUCUGUGAUUCUUCUCCAUGGCCGGAAUGGAGGUGAAGGAGGAACAGCUGCUGCUGGAUACCCUGAUCGGACUGUGGAGCCAAUAUCUCCAGGCCUCGGAGCUCGAAGAUGCGAGUGUCAAGGACCACUGGCUCUGGCUGUUGCUGUAUAAUUUCCAGUUUCUGGACGAUAAGACCUUGGAAGAUGCCUGGCAUAAUAGCCAUUUCAACCUGAUGCCCGAGGAGCUCUGUUCUUUUUUGUUGAAACAGGUCUACCAAAUCAUCAGCGAGGCGAAGAGAUCUCAGGGAAGCAGUCCGGAGCAGGAACCGGAUCAACAGGACAAGUGCAUUAAGCAGCUGCGCAAGGAACACAAUCUAGCCCAGCUCAUACUCAGCACUCCCAGUGACUGCAAUAAGAUACUUGCCCUGCGGACUUUUCUCACCGAUAAGUUGGGCCAUCACUUGUUGGCCUUUUUGCUGCGCGUGGAUAUCAAGCAUAUUGCUUCUCAGAAGAGCCUGUGCCAGCUGUGUAUCAACCUGUUCCCCAACUGCAAGUGGAGCCCGUCCAACGAGCCGCUGCCUCCCCUGACCAGCAUUUCCCAGUUCAUCAGUAGCUUCUACCUCAAUUCGCAAAGCAAAAAGCAGCGACGCCAGCAGCAGCCAAAAAGUCAAUUACCCAAUACAAUUGAACUGAAUUUCGAGAGCUUUAAAGGAACCACGAAGAGCAGUGAUGAACUGGCCCUGUUGCUCAUCCAAUUGCUGACCAGGUGUGUGGAUGCCGAGCAGGAAUCCCAACUGAGCGUGACGGUUCACAACUUUGCACUGGGACAUUUGUGCGCUAGCUUGGAGCAGGAUUCCCCCGGCGACAAUGAUGAGAUUAUUAAGUUCGAGCUGCUGCAAUUGAUAGCGCAUUGUGUGAAUAACUUUUACAUGCUGGAACAACAACAGCCAAAUGUUCAUGAUUUCAAUAGCAAUUUUGGGCAACUCCUCUAUGCACUGACCGCCAAUCGAAGGAAUCCUCUGCUGGCCUAUGGUGUUCUCUAUAUAAUGUUCGGUACCCUCCACAAUUUGGUGGAUAAUGGCGUAAAGGAACUGAACCAGAUUGACGUGAGACACUUCGAUGCCUGCUUCGAGGUUUUGCAAGAGGCAGCCAAGUCAACGAACUCCUCUUCCACCAUAUUCCUGCAUAUAUACAAGAUGCUGCUCCGUUUGACGGAUAAUCUUUCCAGGCAGGAGCAGCACCUGCAAAGUCUCAUGGAGAGCAGUACAUCUACCGCUUUGCCCAAACAGCAGCAACAUCCAAGACACAAAAGGCAGAGGAGCAGUCAACUUCAUUGCUUGGGAGCAAGUUCCCUGAGCUGCUAUUUCCAGGGAAAACUAUAUCAUCUGCUGCCCAGCUUGGAGGCAGAGCUGCAGGAGCACAGUGUGAGGAGCUUACUCCGAACAGGAAGCUGUUGCUGCCACUACAAUGCCAGGAAUUACGCCACCUGCCUGCAACUGGCCACUCAAUUAACCAGCAGUUAUCAAAAGUGCGCUUAUAAAUUUCUACACUAUAAUGUUCUUCACACCAUCUUUGUGAAACGAAAUCUUCAGGGCUGUCCAAAAUGCGAGGAUAAACUUAAAUCUCCUGUUUUUCACCUGGAUCUACGGAAUAUUUACAAAGAAAACUACAAAGGACUGUUAAACACCACAGCAAUGUUGCUAUUUUUAAAGCACUUGAAACAUAUCGCCUAUUUGCUCUCCUAUGAUUUGGCAUCUGGAAUCCUGGCGGAGGUGGCUCUGCCCAUUUUCAGGCAAUAUAAGGACCUUAUUGAAAGUAGAGGAUCGCAGAGAAGGAAUAGCAAAGUUGCACCACUUCUGCUGCCCAGCAAAUUGGAAAACUACAGAGCUCUGCACGAAUGCCUUAGCAUCUUCGUAAUGUACCUCAGCGAUAUUCGCCUGGUCAAAGCUUUUUACAAUGAGGAGAACAUCCGCUAUAUGCAGGAUCUCUUGGCCAUACCAGAACUCCAGCGGGGAGUAUGUGAUCUCAUCAAGGUGGGCAUUGACAACAUAGCUUUUCUGGGCGAGAACAGCCAGGAGCAAAUCACGUUGAGCAGGAGACUUAUCCAACUGCAGCUGAACAGCAGCGAUAGAGCAUCGCAGUUAUUCCAGGCUCUGCUGCACAAGUGUUCCAAGAACUCCCGCAGCAAAUUCUGGCUGGACGAGGGCUCCAAUCCUGUCAAGCUCGACGGACACAAGCCAGCAGACAUACUCUACAUAACAGCCCUGCAAUGGACCCUGAACUUUGAGUUGCUUAAGACAAGUCAGUUGUUCUACAACGAAUUCGCCAAAAUCUACUCUAUACCCGUGGAAAUGUUGGACAAUGAGAAUGAGGAUGAUGUGGAGACGCCCACGGGAGAGCAGCUUCCAGAGGAGAAGAAGCUGCGGCAUGGGGAUAAAAAUAUCUUUGACAUUCUAAAGCUAAACUACAAUGCUCUGGGGUGUUUCCUCAUGCUGCCGAAAGCCACAACGGGGGCAACCGCAUCAUCCACCGCAGCCACGCCCACCACAGCUGGCAUUUGCGGCUCAAGUUCAUUGGAAACCCUGGUCUCGCAUUUGCCACUCGGUGGCUCCGCUUCAGUCUCGGUCACAACGGCUGCCGGUUCGGACUACGCGGAUUCGCCUCUGGAUUACGCAUCGGUGAUUGACACAUACGAUAAUUACUCGCGGGACAUGACCACCAACUCGUUCCUGCAACAACUGCUCUCCUCCGAACCGGACGAGAGUAUAGUCCUCUUCGACAUCCGUGGCAGUCAGGCGGGCAAUGAUUGUCCCACCAAAUCCAUGGCCCUUCCAAAUGAAGAGGAAGUGGCCGCAGCCAAUGGCAUAAUCAACAAAUUAUUCAACAUUGUGGGAUCUUUAUUUGGCGGAAGUGCGGGAGGCGAAGGAAGUGGGAACUCACCGACAAGUGCUAAUAUUGAUGCGGAUUUGUUCUGCCUCUACGAACCCAACGGUGAAUGCAAGAAACUCUUGCUUAAACUCUUCGAGGCGACCAUGGCCAUCUGCAUCAAGGGUUUUCAAAACGAAGAAGUGGAGAAGAUGCAGAAGCACCUGCGCAAGCUGCGAGCCAUUAUUUUAAACCAUGCCACGUAUAAUUGGACGGAUCAUGGGGACCAGCAUGCCCGGGAUAAUGCGGUGAUCCAGACCCUGCAGACUCUGCUGAAGAUCGCCGAGCUGUCGAGCACGCACCAAGAACCAGCUGGCGUGGUCAGCAGUCCAUCGGGCGAUUCGCAACAGCCAAGACCACGUGCCAGAUCUUUCAACAGCGGCAGCGUGGAGUUGCCCAGAUUGCAGCCCGUCAAGUUGCCAGCCAAGAACUCCCUGGCCACUCCGCCCACACCCCGCAGGAGACCCAAUUCCAGUGAGGUGAAUGUGGGCGUGGAUGCGGAUUACUUCUCCACCCGGGCCUCCUUGAGUUGCGCCGCCGACAGCGAACUGGAACUCAGUGAGAACGAGCACGAGUUUUACCUCACCGCUGAUGAGGGUUACGAGGCGGAUGGUGAAAUUGCUGAUCUCAGCGAGUCCGAGUGUGAAAUAAAUGGAGGUGUGAUGGCAGCCAAUGAAUCGUGGACCCCGUUUCAGCCAUCUUCCCGUUACCGAACCCACAUUAUGCACCAGGGACUCAGCCAGCUGGUCGUUCAAAUGCUGGCGGAAUUAUCACUUCUCUGCAUCAAGCAGCCAAAUGGAUGGACGGAGAGUCUCACCCAGCUGGCCAACCGGCUGUUCGUCAUCAGGGAUUAUCUCGGGGGUCCACUGUGCCUUCUCAAAGGAUUCGCACCGAUUCUUAGCUGCAGCGAUCCGAGAUUGAGGGAACUACAGCAAUCGAUCCUAGAGUUGGUUACCCACCUAAACACCCCAGAAGUCCUGCAGUGUUACUACUCAAUCCUGGCCUCCCGGCAACCUCCAGUGGAUCUGUUAAUGCGACACAUGCACCACAUCUCUUCGGGAUCGCUUCACAAGGCUCAACCCUACAUGGAGCUUGACUUUCCAAUCACCACAGAUGGCAAGAUUGUGAUCACUUCGGAACCACUGAUAAGCGAGCAGAUCGAAAGGGUGCGACUGCAUCACCAACAAUGCCAGACAAGUACGCUUUUUACCCGGGCUGCCUGCAUUUUUCCGGUGACCCAGACACGCCUCUGGCAGCCAGAUGGCUUGACCCUAUCACUCUGGUUGGAGUUGAGGGGUCAGCAGAUGCAUCGCAGCUCCAUGCAGUUCAAUGAUGAUGAGACGCGUUAUUCGGGAGAGGAUUUAUCAAAACUUCACCUGCUUUCUCUGGGAACCAAUCAAGCCAUGGUCAGCAUCUACAUAAGCCACAACAUGCAGCUUAUUUUCGAGUUGGUCAAGCCAAAUGAGCAACUGGCCGCGGUUCGGGUGGAAGAGCAAAUGGAGGCCAGUGCCGACACGGCAUCGGUGAUUUCAGCCAACACACAGGCAGCCAAUGGGGGAACCAUCCGACAGGCUCUCAAACAGACAAAGUUGGCGCUACUCAAUAGUUUCGGACAGAUGCACUUGCUUAAUGGCCACCAAUCCUCGCCGGAUUCGCCAGGCGGUUAUUUCGAGGGAUCCGCGGUGCAGCUGCAGCACUUGCGUUUGCCACGCCACAAGUGGAUGCAUUUGGUCUUCGGUCUGCAGCAGCGAGGAGAUGCCGUUGAAAUUAGCAUAUACCUAGAUGGCCUGGAGCAACACACCAUGCGAUUGCCGUUCCAAAAUCUCCGCCAGCUUACGCGGGCGCACAGCUUUCAGCUACUCGCUUUGGGCGAAGGACAACCGACGAGGAGUCCUGGCGGCAGCUUCUCCUCGCGAUCCACUCUCGACGGAUCUGCCCCUCGAUACGCUCUGUCCAAUGUGAUCCUCUUCAGGCGGCGCUUAGCAGAUCCUUUGCUCAUGAUGAAUCUUACUGCCAUGGGACCGGACUUUACAGAGUUCACCCAGUGCCAAGUGGCCAACUGGAAGCCUAACUAUGGUUUUGUGAGUCUAGGUAAGCUGGCGUCGUCGAAUUUCGGCAACCAUUUGGACUGUAUGCGGCAGCUGAGACAGGCCAGAGUCCUAGUCUACACAGCCCAGCAGCCGGAGCUGGUGAUGAGCUACGAUGCCAGCCAGGAACUGGACAUGGCCUGUUAUGGACAGCCCUACGGACACAUGCUGUAUGGGGAACUGCAGCAGCAUCAGCCGCAGACCCUCCAGUCAGCCACAUCUCUCAGCGGAGGACUUUCCACGCUGUUGUAUCUCUUCGCCAGGAUCGUUGAACUCACUGGAAAUGCGAAUACCCAAUCUUUGGCUUUGGACCUUUUGCUCCAGGUGGCCCACGCGGAUGCUCAGCUGUACACAGAGUUCCAACGCCAGGAUUACCUAGCCCUUAUUGGUUAUGUAAUAAAAUCCGAGAAAUGCUCCAAGGAUGUCCAGCUACUGCGGAGCAUUGUGAACAACGCCUGCUCCCAAGCGCUGAUCAGCCGGAAGGGAGAUACCCUGAAUGUCAACGACAACACAAUGGCUACUUUGGUCUAUCCCCGCCUCCUGCUGGCGGUGCUGCAGCGUUACUCCGACUGGCAUCGCUCCGGAGCCACCCACUCGGAUGUUCUGGAUAUGCUUUUCCGCUGUAUUCUGGCUCUCACCAGGGACAAACACCCGCAAAGGGAUUUCAACAUGGAGCAACUCCAGAAAGCGGGUUUGCUUGGGGCACUCCUCAAUCUCUGCAAGGUCUAUGUGAUUGAGUCGCCCAGUCCGGUUCAAAUUUCACCUUUUGCCGCUGAGUGUUUUGUCCAGAUUCUGGCGGUAUUUGCAGGAUCGCCUCCUGAUUCCUCAAUGCUGGAUGAGAUCAUGAAAUUACUGCUGCUACUGCACAAGCCCAGCGAAUGUUAUGUAACCCACGAUCGCUCGCACUUUUAUUUCCUGCUUACGUCCCAGCAACCCGCAAAGGAACGAUCCCUGGUGGCCGCCAAUUUGAGCAGGGUGACCACUUCCCUGCGAUGGCAAUUAAAUCCUCAGCAGCAGGAACUAGAUCCCGAGCGAGCGGAAAGAAUAAAGAGAUUGCGACGCCUCCAUGCCAACACAUCUGGUUAUAGAAAAGCCGUCAACGAAUUCGAGGAGCAACUGGAGCAGAUGGCCGACUGCUCGAAUCUCAACAAGACCGCCUUGCGACUGCUAAGUCCUGUGGAGGCGACUCGUUGGCGUUUGAAGUUCAAACGGCGUCAUCCGACAAAUGCCAAUAGCCCUAAGAGGAGUCCGCUGAAGAUCGCCCGAAGGCGGAUCCAUCCGCAUCUGCAUCUCGGCAAGCUAUGGCAGCCAUCGGGUCAUAGUACUCCCAGUUCGGGUCAGACAUCGCUGCCAAAUAGGAAGACGGAUUUCUAUGAUCAACAGGGGAUUAUCCGGCUGCAGCAACGCCUGCUCAUCCUUUUGAAGGACUUCCUAUGCCUGCUGCCGGAUUCCUCGGUGGACGUCGUCACCCGACACUAUGUAAAACUGGAAUUGCUCCUGGUGCUGGCUAAUCAACGCAGCUGUGCCGUUCGCCAGGCCAUCAUCCAAUUGCUGGAUGUGCUGACAAAGCGUCUGCCCAGUGGUGAACUGAAUGUUGCCACCAAGUUGAUGUACCCUCUGCAUAUGGCCAAUCAGUUGACCAUCCACGGAUGUGACACUAGCAUGUUUGAGACCUGUCUUGCUUGGAUUACCGGGAUGCAUGGCAACCUGACGGACGUGCUUAACUCCGAGGAACCACUAAGGAUUCGUCAGCGUUUUGGUCUUCAAUCUUUAUUGGCCAUUGCGGCGGGUGUUGAACCACAGAGGGUGUUCAAAGCUCUUCUAAGUCUUUAUCUACAGAAUCCCGAUGAUCAGAUUUUUCUUAUGGAGGCAGGACUGUUACAGUGUUCAGUGAAGGCCCUCUACAAAAUCUACUCCUUGCGCCUGGGUCAAUCCAAUACAGAUGAGUCCAUUCUGGAACUCCUGUCAAAUAUUGGAGAGCGAGCUCUGCGCUCUGUGGGCCAGAUAAAUGUUGUUUGGGACAUCCUCAGCCUGCUAUCCUUCUACCAAGACAAGCAACCCCAGAUGAUAAUGCGCAGUUUCCGAACAGCCCAAGCUCAACUUCAGCUGGAGUGGCUCACUAAGUUCUUUGAGCCCAACAGUUUCCGCAUACCGGUUUGCAACGAUUCCGCACUGAGUCACACGGAAUUGCGCACCCGCGUGGAGCUGCUCAUUGAUCGCUGUACUCAGUUUUUCACCGUGGGUGUGGGUCAGACCACCGGGCCAACCUAUGUGGCUAGUUCCCAGGAGCUCGCUCUCUUCCAGCUGCUAGUUUCUUAUGGGAUUUCGAGCAAUCAACGAUGCAACAACUUCAUCGCCUGGGGCUUACAACCAUCUCGUCCACGGGAUCUGCGCUCCUAUAUAGUGGAUGCCCUGUGGCGAUCCCAACAGGACGAAUUUCAGCGAGCUAUCAUCUGCGAUGCGAAGAUGAUCAAGGCACUACUAUGGCUCUCGCUACUGGAGGACAUGACGGAGCCUAUAGAAAAUCUCCAACGACUUUGUGAUGCCUUGGGCAUCAAGGAGAAUGAUUCCUCCUGGAAUCUAGUCCAUGAGCUGGAUCGGCUCGACCAAAACCGUAAUAAUAUGGCCGCCAAACAGAAGACAUUGCUGGAGAAGACCGUGUACAGAUUUGAGCCACUGGUACAGCACUGCAUAGAGUCAUCCAUGGUAACUACCAGAAAGGUUGCGGAACUGCAGAAUGCUGAGCGCAAGGCUCUGAUGUGCCACAUGAAGGUGUACGAUGAUACCUACACCUACACCAAGUGGCUGGAGAUCAUACGCCGUAUGACGCACGAGGGAGCUCCCUGGCACUCCGCUGAAAGAGCUGAAUGCUCUUGGGAACUGGAUGACACGGAGGGUCCCUUUCGAGUGCACACUCGUUUACGUCGCUGCCACCUAGACAUUGAUCGACGCUUCUUUAUGAACGAAUACAGACCGAGGCAAGGACAACGCGAGGACCUGGAGCCAUAUGUCCGUCCUCUGGACUACCUUAUAUCCAGUUACGAUCAACAAUUAAACAUAUCGCUUAACUCUCAAAUCCUUUACAACUUUGCGGCCAAAUUCCUGCCCGUGGACGGCGAGAUCGAGGGCGAGAUCAUUAUCACCGAUCUGAAGCUCUACUUUCUUGCCACGUACCGCUGUCGGUACUUCAACGUGAACUGUGAUAUCGCCAACAUAACGGAGAUCUGGCUGAAGCGCUACCAACACCAGGAGACGGCCUUCGAGAUUCUGCUGGACACCAACAAGUCGCUGUUCUUCUCGCUGCAGAACGCCGACGACUGGAAGAUCAUGCGCGAGGUAUUCUGUGAUAAAAUCGUGGCCACGCCGGAUCAGGCCAAAGUGCUGGCCAUCACCCAGCAGUGGCGCGAAGGUCUUCUCACCAACUGGGAGUACCUGAUGACCCUGAACCAAAUCGCCGGGCGUACCUACAACGAUCUCAUGCAGUACCCAGUUUUUCCCUGGGUGCUGGCCAACUACAACUCGGAGAUUUUGGACCUGAGGGAGGGACCAAACUUCCGGCGACUUGGACGACCCAUUGCCGUACAGCUGGAGGAGAACGAGAAGCACUACAUCAGCAACUAUACAUACAUUGACAGCACCAACACCACCAUGGGCUCUCUGAUUCUUAAGCCGUAUCACUACAGCUCCCAUUACUCCAAUUCCGGUACCGUGCUACAUUUCCUUGUGAGGGUCCCACCGUUUACCAGCUAUUUCCUGCGAUACCAGGACAAUGAUUUCGAUUUACCGGAUCGUACGUUCCAUGCCUUAAACACCACCUGGCUAUUGGCUAGUCGGGAUAGUCCUACGGACGUGAAGGAGCUCAUUCCGGAGUUCUUUUGCCUGCCGGAGAUGUUCGAGAACUUCGAGCGCUUUAAAUUCGGUUGUCGACAGAAUGGCGAACGGGUUGAGGAUGUAUCACUACCGCCAUGGUGUCAGCGGGACUCUCGGCUCUUUGUGCUUAUCCACCGACAAGCUUUGGAAUCGGAACUGGUGCGAAAUCAGAUACACAAUUGGAUAGACCUGAUCUAUGGUUACAAGCAGAGCGGAGAAAGCGCCGUGGAGGCCAUCAACGUUUUCCACCCAGCGACCUAUGCCGUAUUUCUGGACUCAGAGAUAAGCGAUCCUAUUGAAAGAGAGGCAGUCAAGACAAUGGUGAAGACAUAUGGCCAAAUGCCCAGGCAGCUUUUCAAGUCACCACAUCCGGCGACCAAGGCACUGGACUACUCCUUGGUGGACAAACCAAUAGUGUCCACCGUUCGUGGUCUGCGUUGGGGCGUCUAUGUAGGAUCACCGCAGCUGAAACCUCCCUCCUGGGCAAACAUUCACAAGAUACCCGGCACCGAGCAUUUGGUGAGCUUCAGCAACACCAAUGUGGUAUAUGCUCUUCCAGGAAGGGCGAGUGUGAUGCAAGGUGCUGAGCCAGAUACGUACAACGUGAUCUCUUGGGGCUACGACGAUCGGAUUGUUAGGAUCCAGCCACUCAACAAACCACAGGCCAAGCCAAAGAACCUGCUGCACAAUGGAACCUUUGACGAUAUCACCGCCUGUGGAUGCGAUGUGAACUCGAAUCAGCUUUGGUUUGGCCACAAAUCCGGCCGGGUGAGUGUGUACAAGUGCUCGGGAGGAUUGGAUUCCCAACAGCGAGCCUCAACGAAGAGUCGCCACAGCUAUGCACGUGGAUUCAGUUUGUCAUACAACUCGGCCUUCCGGAAGAUGACGAGCAAAGCAUUGGUAGGAGGUGGAGGAUCAGAGAGAGUCGAUGAGGCGGGCAACCUCCAUACAACCCAUUCCGCCUCUUCAGUUAACUCGGCCAGCAAUUCCUCUGGCAGUGACGCUUUCCAGCGUGAUGGAGCCGAUCUGAACUGGCUGGGACCCACGUUGCUGGUGCGCCACACAGACGAAAUCACCUGCAUUACCCUGUCCGUGGAGUUUAAGAUUGCAGUGACCGCGGGACGCGAUGGCAUAGCUGUUAUUUGGGAUUUAAAUGACUGGAGCUAUGUGCGAACGAUUGCGCGCCCGGCGGAGAUUCAUCAGUCGCCCAUAACGCACGUGGCUAUAAGUCCAACGCUGGGAGACAUUGUCACAGUUCAUACGCUGCCACAACCUGCAAGCCCAAACACGGAAGCAACGCCUCCGCCAGCUGCAACCAGACCCAAUUCCCUCAACAUUGCCGACGAAUGCUUCGAGGUGACCGAGGAAAGCCUUGACGACUUUGUGAAUGUAAAUGUGAAUCCCAACGGCAAGUCCAUUUUGCGACUGCACUCGGUCAAUGCUCGUUAUGUGCAGCAUCUGGUGCACGAGGAUCGCAUCCAGGCCGUGUGCUACUCGUACAUCAAGGAGGGAGUGGGAGUCAAUGUGAUAGCCACCGCAGUGGAGGGAGGAUUCGUGCGCUUCUGGUCCAGCUGGAACCUGAGCUUCGUCAGUGAACUGACCACGGGCACUUCGCCCAUCCGGAGCAUCUGCUACUCAACACAUCAGCAUUUGGUGGUGCUAACGCGAGAGUCUCACAUACAGGUGUGGGAAUCCGAGGGUCUUUACGGAAAUGCCCCAAAGUUCCCGCAAAUUGUCUAUAAGUAAGGUUAAUGGGAAUUGGAUCGGUUUGAACACUCAACAUACUCAAUAACUCAACUCAAAGCAUAUCAAUGACAGACACAUACAAUUAAAAAAAAAGCAGCUGAAUCAAAGAACAUAUUUUUGGUUGGUCAACGAGAAGUUUUGCUUCUAAAAGAUUUCAAAUUAUAACAUUCUCUUGCGACCGCCACAAAAUUGAUAUAUCAGAAGACUAUAAGAUUCCUAGGCUUAGGUCUCAUAGAGCUGUAAAAUACAAAUUUUGUACCAAAA